AUGUCGACCGAAUAUCCCAAACCGACGCUCCGUCCUGGGCCGCCGAGUGAUGCAGCGCGCGCGAUCGAGGGCGAGCGCGCGGAGUCGUGCGAACGCGCGGCGAGAGCGGACGCAGCCGCCGGCGUCCCGUUGCUCGCGGUGUACGUCGACGACGACGUCUACGUCCUGAACAAGCCUGCGCAGACGUACGUGCACGAUAUAGAACGCCUCGUCGAGCGAGGCAUGGUGAAAUGCGAUGAUGCGACCACGGUCGAUAACCGCGCGACGACGCGGGACGUGCCGUUCAACGCCUCGGAGUCGGCGCGCGUCGUUCACAGACUCGACCGCGACACCUCCGGAUGUCUCGUCGUCGCGCGAAAUCGAGACGCCAUUCGCAGCUUGUCGGCGCAAUUCGCCGACGGCACGGUGCAGAAGACGUACGUCGCGCUGUGCGCGGCGACGGCGGAUUACGACGGCGUUGAAGAUCAUCGCAGAGUAUUCACGGGUUGGGGCCGCGCGAAAUACGGCCUCUUCCGUCUCUACGACGCCGCGGACAUCGGCCGCGCGCUUCCCGGGAACAAAAAGGUCAAGGUCAAGCACGCCGAAACCACGAUCAUCGUCGAGCGCGUGAUCACCGACGGCGUGGCGCUGCGAUUUUGCGAACCGCCGACCGCCGACGACGCCGACCGCCGACGACACCGCGUCGCGUUGGCGCGUUGCUCCCCGCUCACCGGUCGCACGCACCAGAUCAGACUUCACUGCGCGUCGCUCGGACUUCCGCUCGUCGGCGACGUGAGAUACGGCGGACCGAUCGCCGCGACUCGCGACGGACCGAUCGACGCGCCUUUCUCCGCGCGUCGCGUCGCCGGCGCGUUGCUCCACGCCGAGCGCGUCGCGUUUCGCCACCCCAAAUCCAACCUCCGCGUCGACGUCCACGCCCCGCGUCCACCGUGGGCGCGGCUCUACGGCGCGCCAUGA